CUCUCCCACCUCCCCGCCUCGUCUGCCGCCGCCGCCGCCACCACCACCACCGCCGCCGCCGCCCGAGACUCCAGCAGAGCAGUUAUGGCGGACCCCGCAGCCUCCGCGCCCGCGGCUCCCGCUCCCCCUCCCGCCCAGGCCCCAGCUCCAGAGGCCGCCUCAGCCCGGGCCGCAGCCCACUCCCUGACCCCAGCCCAGGCCUCAGUGCCAACGCCGGCGCCAGCCUCGGACUCGGCCUCGGUGCCGUCCUCAGACUCCGGCCCCGAAGCCGGCUCGCAGCGCCUGCUCUUCUCCCACGACCUGGUUUCGGGUCGCUACCGCGGCUCGGUGCACUUCGGGCUGGUGCGCCUAAUCCACGGCGAGGACUCAGACUCCGAGGGAGAAGAAGAGGGCCGCGGCAGCUCAGGCUGCUCGGAGGCCGGGGGCGCGGGCCACGAGGAGGGCCGGGCCAGCCCGUUGCGCCGCGGCUAUGUGCGCGUCCAGUGGUACCCCGAGGGCGUCAAGCAGCACGUGAAGGAGACCAAGCUGAAACUAGAGGACCGUUCGGUGGUGCCCCGAGAUGUGGUCCGGCACAUGCGCUCCACCGACAGUCAGUGUGGCACAGUGAUAGACGUCAACAUCGACUGCGCUGUCAAGCUCAUCGGCACCAACUGCAUCAUCUACCCCGUCAACAGCAAGGAUCUGCAGCACAUCUGGCCCUUCAUGUAUGGGGACUACAUUGCCUAUGACUGCUGGCUGGGAAAGGUCUAUGACUUGAAGAACCAGAUCAUCCUCAAGCUGUCCAAUGGCGCCAGGUGCUCCAUGAACACAGAAGAUGGUGCCAAGCUGUACGACAUCUGCCCACAUGUCAGUGACUCGGGUCUCUUCUUUGAUGAUUCCUAUGGCUUCUACCCGGGCCAGGUGCUCAUCGGCCCCGCCAAGAUCUUCUCCAGUGUCCAGUGGUUGUCAGGGGUCAAGCCCGUACUCAGCACCAAGAGCAAGUUCCGGGUGGUGGUGGAGGAGGUUCAGGUCGUGGAGCUGAAAGUCACAUGGAUUACCAAGAGUUUCUGUCCUGGGGGCACAGACAGCGUCAGCCCCCCACCCUCUGUUAUCACUCAGGAAAAUCUAGGCAGGGUGAAGCGUCUCGGAUGCUUUGACCAUGCUCAGCGGCAGCUGGGGGAACGCUGUCUGUAUGUCUUCCCAGCCAAGGUAGAGCCAGCUAGGAUUGCCUGGGAAUGUCCAGAAAAACACUGCGCCCCGGGGGAGGGCUCUAUGGCCAAGAAGGUGAAGCGCCUUUUGAAGAAGCAGGUCGUGAGGAUCAUGUCUUGCUCCCCGGACACCCAGUGUGCCCGGGACCAUUCUAUGGAGGACCCCGACAAGAAAGGGGAAGCCAAGGCCAAGAGUGAAACAGGUUCUGCUAGCCCAGAGGAGCCACCUGACAGGUCUGCCAGCCCAGUGGAGAUGCAGGAUGAGGGCCCUGAGGAGCCCCAGGAAACCGGCCAGCCACUGCCUCCCUUCCUGCUGAAGGAGGGUGGGGAUGAUGGGCUGCACUCAGCAGAGCAGGAUGCGGAUGACGAGGCUGCUGAUGACACUGAUGACACCAGCUCCGUGACCUCCUCUGCCAGCUCCACCACCUCCUCCCAGAGCGGCAGCGGCACAAGUCGCAAGAAGAGCAUCCCUUUGUCCAUCAAGAACCUGAAGCGAAAGCACAAGAGGAAGAAGAAUAAAAUUACUCGUGACUUCAAACCAGGAGACAGGGUGGCAGUGGAGGUGGUGACCACCAUGACCUCAGCUGACGUGAUGUGGCAGGACGGCUCCGUGGAGUGCAACAUCCGCUCCAAUGACCUCUUUCCUGUGCACCAUCUGGACAACAAUGAGUUCUGCCCUGGAGACUUUGUGGUCGACAAGCGAGUUCAGAGCUGUCCAGACCCUGCUGUGUAUGGCGUGGUGCAGUCUGGGGACCACAUCGGCCGCACCUGCAUGGUAAAGUGGUUCAAGCUGCGGCCGAGCGGGGAUGACGUGGAGCUGAUUGGAGAAGAGGAAGAUGUGAGCGUGUAUGACAUUGCUGACCACCCUGACUUUCGGUUCCGCACGACCGACAUUGUCAUUCGAAUAGGCAACACUGAAGAUGGGGCUGCACACAAUGAGGACGAACAGCCAUCAGUGGGUCAGGUGGCCCGUGUGGACGUCAGCAGCAAGGUGGAGGUGGUGUGGGCCGACAACUCGAAGACCAUCAUCCUGCCCCAGCACUUGUACAACAUUGAAUCCGAGAUUGAGGAGUCAGACUAUGAUUCAGUGGAAGGCAGCACCAGUGGGGCAUCUUCAGACGAGUGGGAGGAUGACAGUGACAGCUGGGAGACAGACAAUGGACUGGUGGAAGAUGAGCACCCCAAAAUAGAGGAGCCCCCCAUCCUGCCCACUGAGCAGCUGUCAGCACCCGAGGAGGACAAAGGCGUAGUGAUCAGUGAAGAGGCUGCCACCGCUGCCAUCCAGGGGGCCGUGGCCAUGCCUGCUCCCGUGGCAGGACUGAUGGAGAAGGCUGGCAAGGAUGGGCCCCCCAAGAGCUUCCGAGAGCUGAAGGAGGCCAUCAAGAUCCUGGAGAGCCUCAAAAACAUGACAGUGGAGCAGCUGCUCACUGGCUCUCCCACUUCCCCCACUGUGGAGCCUGAGAAACCCACCAGAGAGAAGAAGUUCUUGGACGACAUUAAGAAGCUGCAGGAGAACCUCAAGAAGACCCUGGACAACGUGGCCAUCGCAGAGGAGGAGAAAAUGGAGGCAGCACCUGACACCGAGCGCAAGGAGGACAAGCCUGAAGGGCAGUCGCCAGUGAAGGCCGAGUGGCCCAGCGAGACCCCUGUGCUCUGCCAGCAGUGUGGUGGCAAGCCCGGUGUCACCUUCACCAGCGCCAAAGGCGAGGUCUUCUCCGUGCUGGAGUUUGCACCUUCAAAUCACUCUUUUAAGAAAAUUGAGUUCCAGCCUCCAGAAGCCAAGAAGUUCUUCAGCACGGUGCGGAAGGAGAUGGCACUGCUGGCUACCUCACUGCCCGAUGGCAUCAUGGUCAAGACUUUUGAGGAUAGAAUGGACCUCUUCUCAGCUCUAAUCAAGGGCCCCACUCGAACCCCCUACGAAGACGGCCUCUACCUGUUUGACAUCCAGCUCCCCAACAUCUACCCAGCUGUGCCCCCCCACUUUUGCUACCUCUCCCAGUGCAGUGGCCGCCUGAACCCCAACCUGUAUGACAAUGGGAAAGUGUGUGUCAGCCUCCUGGGCACCUGGAUUGGAAAGGGGACAGAGAGGUGGACAAGUAAAUCCAGCCUACUCCAGGUGCUCAUCUCUAUCCAAGGUCUGAUCCUGGUGAACGAACCUUACUACAAUGAAGCCGGCUUCGACAGUGACCGGGGCCUGCAGGAAGGCUAUGAGAACAGUCGCUGCUAUAAUGAGAUGGCACUGAUCCGUGUGGUACAGUCCAUGACACAGCUGGUUCGGCGGCCCCCCGAGGUCUUUGAGCAGGAGAUCCGGCAGCACUUUAGCACCGGUGGCUGGCGGCUGGUGAACCGCAUCGAGUCCUGGUUGGAAACCCACGCGCUACUAGAGAGGGCCCAGGCGCUACCCAAUGGGGUCGCCAAGGACAGCAGCUCUCCAGAGACAGCUGCUACGGCCGAGCUCUCAGACUCUGGCCGAGAAGAACCUGAGGAUGUCGGAAUGGCCCCUGGAGAGGCCUCCCAGGGCUCAGACUCAGAGGGGGCUGUCCAGGGCCCGGCCUCCACUAGCAGGGACCACACAGAUCAGACUUCGGAGGUGGCACCUGAUGCAUCCGUACCACCCAGCGUCAAACCAAAGAAGCGGAGAAAGAGCUAUCGGAGCUUCUUGCCUGAGAAGAGCGGCUACCCUGACAUCGGCUUUCCCCUCUUCCCACUCUCUAAGGGUUUCAUCAAAAGCAUCAGGGGCGUCCUGACGCAGUUCCGGGCUGCGCUGCUAGAGGCAGGCAUGCCUGAAAGCACAGAGAACAAGUAGCCCCCAGCCCUCAAGGAAGGAGCGUCACGGUGGGAGAGGCCAGCUGCUGCCCGCUCACUCCCUCCCCUGGACCCACCCUUCUUCCCAGCCCCCCUCCCCAGUUUGAGCUUCCCACUGCCCCCCUCCCCAAGGCAAGUUUGAUGCUGUCGCAAAACAAUCUCACUAAGCAGGUCCCCUGUGGUAAAGAGAACUGGAACCCAGUUGCAAUUUCCCACUUGUCACCCAAGGCAGGAUGUCACGACACUUGUUCCCUUGCUGCCCUUUUCUCAGGUCAGAGGUGGGGUGCUCCAGGGCCCUGCAGAUGGGCAAGAGAGUGGAUGUGCCUUGCAUGAUGUACGGGCUGCUCUUGCAGUGUCCCUGGUCCCUUUUAUCCUCUGCAGUUGGACUGUAGUCCCCGAUAUCCCCGCUGCCACCACCACUGGGUCCCCUCGAUUCCCAGUGUCAACACUUAUCUCAUGGGAGCUGUAACUGCUACCACUGACUUCUGGCUCUGGCCUGUUUGCCACACUAUACCUUUAGGCCUAUUGAACUUGCUCUCUGCAAGAAGGGAGGAGCAGGGUAGGUUCAGGGUGACCCCCCAGGAGAGGUGGUGGCCCUCACACCAACAUGGGCCAAGGACAGGCUACUGAGAGCAGCAGCUGCAGCUGCCUCACUUGCUUCUCCCACCUACAGCUAGUGGGGCACCUGCAGUUCUGGCCUCAGCCGUGCCUGUGGGGACUUCGUAGAGGUCUGCACCCCAUCCAGUGUGCUCUCCACCAACGGAGCAGGAGCUCGGGCCAGGCAGGUACCCACCAAGGCCUCCCCUGGCCAGUGGCCCAGCCCCACGUGGGGUGAGUGAGGCCUUAGAAGCCCUGCGGCACAUAAUGCACUGCAGUCCAGAGACAGAGAAAGUGGUAGCAGCGGGAGCUCACCCCAACCCCCUCCUCCCCAGAGACUGGCCCAGAGGUUUACAAGUUUUCUAGGCUUUUGAUAAUGUGAAGCUCCAGGUAAAGAGGAUGCUGUUGAGCACAUUGCAGCUAUGUAAUUUCUGGUUUAUGUAUGUAAUAUUUAAGGUUGGAAAAAAAUCUCAAAAGCAGUUAUUAACUCUUAAUAGAAAAAAAAAAGACAAAAAAAAAAAAAAAAAGCCAAAGCAUGAUUCGUUUUGUCAGCCUUAAGUGGGCUCCACGCCUGUACUGUGCCAGGACCGCGUGGGCAGCAGAGUUGGGAAGGACAGAGCUGUACUGCGCCGCAGGACUCCCAGGCACUCAGACUAUCUAAACACACAUCCAAGUGCCCAGGGCUGUGCAUCCCUGUGUGCCGUCUACAUGGAGAUAUGAAUGCCUACUGCUUCCAAUACCUGUAUAAAAUGCUGUGUGAUUAAACAUUUUUUUACUUGCAAUUUUUUUUGGGUUGGCUCAUUAACAAGACAAGGUGACACCAUUAAACUUGCCUCUGCCAUUCA